AUGAAAAGACCGCGACCUACUCCGUCGAAUGAGGACAACAGGUUGGUCCAAAAGAAGGAAAGAAUUAAGAAGACACACACCCCGGUCAUAACGAUCAGAGAUGAAGACCUCUGUGCCAAUACCCAGGCACUCACAGCUGUAAGACAGGUGACAUCAGCCACUAACUCAAAAAUUACAUUAGCUGCGAAACAGAUAUUCAUCGCACCAUCAUCCAUAGAGGCGAGGAGAGAUAUCCUCAAAAAAAUUGAAGAACUCAAUCCAGCCAGAGUGAUAGCCCCUAAACCCAUGGGGGAGAGGAACAUGAUGACCAAGAUAGUCAUAAAGAAUGAAACUUUCGGAGAAACGGUGGAGGCGAUUGCAGAGGAGAUCAACCGAUGCAUCGGGAUUACACCGCUGAGAGUGAAACCAAUUGGCAAAUCUGGCAGACUACACCUACUGCUCUUUGAAAACAAAUACACCGUGAGACAUAUUCUCCACGCCUUUGACACGUCGCAGAGGACUAUCUUCUGCGCGAAGAAGAACAAGGCUCAGCCAUACAUGGAGAAUUUAGCUCAUAUUAACCAGUGUAAGAAUUGUUAUGCCUUCGACCAUACGAAGCACUCGUGCUACGGCACCAAAAAGGAUCCAACCAUGAUCACGGUCACAGCUACGGGAGCUACCAUCACGGUAUGCUCCAACUGCAAACACGAGGGGCACGGAGCCAACCAGGUUAACUGCCCUGCGUUCCAGAAACAGCUGGCCAUCAGAGAGCGAGUCCUGCUAGACCGCCAGGCCAAGUCCAAGGAAAGAUCAGAAGCUGCGCGAGUCAGGAAGGAGACUACCUUCGCGCAAGCUCUGAGAAGCAACAAGGAGUUCCCGCAGCUGGGAGCCUCGAGCACUUCGAUCACCACUGAUGAAGAGCUCGGCCCCACGCCUCCGUUACCACCAAGGCAGACAGCACUAACUGCGUCCACCGACCAGCCGAACAUGGACAUCCUGCUGGCCAUCCUCCAACGCAUGGACUCUGUGGUAGCUGAAGUAAACAACAUGAGAACAGAAAUGAACAGCCUGAAGACAGAACUACUCAUAAUCAAGAGAGCCAAAACUGCAACCACUGUUAAUGGAUAG